ACGAAGGAAAUAGAACAAGGAUCCUUGGUCAUACCAAGUCGAAGUGAUAGAUGGGUUGUUAUAAGCGAGACACGAUGUUCCGAUUGGAUAUUUCAGCAGCGAAGUGAAGAUUUUGUUGCUGCUUUAAAG